GCCCCUAACGGAGUAUGCGCCCGCUGCGCAUCCAAUAGUCGUCUGUCUCCGCCGAACGCAUCGUGCGCUUGUCUCCGCCGCUCCACGCGGCAGACACUCCCGUGCCCCUGCCCAGGAUGCCGGGAUUCUCCCUCAAGAAUGUUCUCGUUUUCCCCUUACUUCUGCACUUCUUCACGUGCUCCGUCGCUCAAGAUGCUGGGAGGAUAAAUUCGUCAACUGUUAAUGACCUGGAUAUCCUCGAUGAGCUUUUGAGGAACUACGACAGAAGAGCCCUUCCAAGCAGCAAUAUGGGUGUACCAACGCCCGUAACGUGUGAGAUUUAUAUUCGAAGCUUCGGCUCCAUUAACCCAUCAAACAUGGACUACGAGGUGGACCUUUAUCUAAGGCAAACGUGGAUCGAUAGUCGACUUACAAAGUCCACUCUGUCGAGGCCGCUGGACCUUAAUGAUCCCAAGCUGGUGCAGAUGAUCUGGAAACCCGAAGUGUUCUUCGCCAACGCUAAGCACGCAGAGUUUCAGUACGUCACCGUUCCAAACGUGCUCGUCAGGAUUAAUCCUAGCGGAGAGAUUUUGUACAUGCUCAGGCUGAAGCUCCGUUUUUCCUGUAUGAUGGAUCUUUACCGGUACCCUAUGGAUUCUCAAGUUUGCAGCAUCGAGAUUUCUUCGUUUUCGAAGACUACCGAAGAAUUACUCCUGAGGUGGUCGGACAAAGAGCCUGUGAUACUUUUCGAAAAUCUAAAAUUGCCGCAGUUCGAGAUCGAGAGAGUCAAUACGUCACUUUGCAAGGAAAAGUUUCAUAUCGGUGAAUACAGCUGUCUAAAGGCAGACUUCCAUCUGCAAAGGUCUUUAGGAUACCACAUGGUGCAGACAUAUUUGCCGACCAUUCUCAUCGUGGUCAUCUCUUGGGUGUCCUUUUGGCUCGAUGUCGAUGCCAUUCCGGCCAGGGUCACUCUUGGCGUCACAACUUUGCUCACCAUUUCUUCCAAGGGAGGCGGAAUUCAAAGCAAUCUUCCACCAGUUUCAUACGUCAAGGCCAUGGACGUUUGGAUUGGCUCUUGCACCUCAUUCGUGUUCGCUGCUCUUCUGGAAUUCACAUUCGUCAAUUACCUCUGGAGAAGGCUGCCAGACUCUCGACAUCAUCCUCAAGUGUCAAUAAAUGCUGUUGAGAAGCACAGCAUUGAGGCUCGCCUUACUCAAGACAAGAAAGGUCAUGUGGAGGUGAGCAAUUUCGUCGAGAGCUCAACUACCAAUGUGAAAGUAAGGGCCAAACGCAUCGACCAGAUGAGCCGCGUUGCGUUUCCUGUGCUGUUUCUGCUCUUCAACUUUGUCUACUGGCCGUACUACAUCGCGUCCUAGGCUAUGUUACGAUCACGUUUAUCUCAACAGUGGUGCAUACUUGAUGAACAUUUAUUUGGAGUGUUGGAAUAAAAUGGUGUUGUGCGGCACGCUGUAGACGUGCUUUAUCGUGUGCUGUACAAUAAACUACAAAAAUAUC